AUGGCCAGGAGAGUGACUAGCAACAAGCAGGUAAUACUGAGGAUGUAUGCAACUGCUGGUUCUUCCAUACGAGAGUCGGACAUGUUGGUGACAACCACCAACAUUAACAUUGGAGGCUCCAGCAGAGGGCUCAAACACACUUGUUGUCAAGACCCUCUACCUCUCCUGCGAUCCCUUCUUGCACUUCAUUAUGAAGAAUACUCCGGGACUCACCGGAUAUACUUUCUUUACCCCUGGCUCUGUAAGUUGUGUCCGCCCAUUGUGGGGUAUGGUGUGGCUAAAGUAGUGGAGUCAGGGCAUCCUGAAUUCAAGAAAAGUGAUUUGGUUUUUUUAAUCCCAUGGCAAGAGUACAGCCUCAUCACCAACCCCCAACACCUCAUCAAAAUCCACCACACUAAUGUGCCCCUUUCCUACUAUACAGGGCUUCUCGGAGAAUAUGUGUUCGUUUCAGCAGCAUAUGGGGAAGUGGGUCAGCUUGUUGGUCAGUUUGCUAAAAUGGGGGGUUGCUAUGUUGUUGGAAGUGCUGGGAGUCAAGCAAAGGUGGAAUUGUUAAAGAAUAAGUUGGGUUUCGACGAGGCUUUCAAUUACAAGGAAGAGAAGGACUUGGAAGCAGCUUUGAAAAGGUGUUUUUCAAAAGGGAUAGACUUCUACGUCGAGCAAGUGGGUGGGGCGUUGCUGGACGGAGUGCUGGUGAACAUGAGAGAUCACGGAAGCAUUGUGAUGUGUGGAAUGAUUUCUCAGUACAAUCUUCCACAGCCUCAAGGAAUUCUGAAUCUCUUCCAGGUUGUGAUUAAAUUAACAAAAUUAACAAAGAAAUACUGAAACUAUUAGAUUUUAGAAACCUUCAUUUAACAUUCAAUAUGUUUCUCUUUCAUAAAAUUUUAUAUUCAUUUGAAAUUUUACAUAUUAAAACUAGACAUUUAUAUAUACUCCUAUAAAAUUUUAAAAUCCAAAUAAAGGUCAAAAACAUCGUCAAAUUAAAUUUAGUA